CUCUCUUUUUCUCUUGCGGGAAAAGAAUCAGUCAAAAUCAUGAAUAUUCUCUUGAUCUCUUCUCCUUCCUUACACCUUCCUCACAACUGCUCCAUCUUCUACUCUUCUACUCCUCACUGAUUUUGGAUUUCAUAUUAGAAGCAAAAUUAAAGCUGAAUUAAAUACUUGGGCUACAGUGAAAAUGGCAGGUGCAAAUAAAGCUUUCAAAAUAUGUAGUAGUGUAUCUGAAGCACUGAGUUACAUGCCAUUUUCGCUGCAAUACACUGAGCCUAACACUAAGAAUGACCUCUGGGUAUUUUGGAGCCAACACAAUAACGAGUUUCCUACUGUCUUCCCCAGCACUGCUUACACUACUAUCUAUCAUGAUACCAUCAAGGAGAAAAUCACAUCCGCUCUCAAGAAUGCCUACAUUUCUGACAACUUCGGAUGCUGGUUGGUUCAAUUUUGGGCACCUAUAACCACUAACGAUCAGAUUUUUCUAACAACUUGUGACCUACCUUUUGGUCUUACGAAACUCCAUGAAGGACUUUGUUUUUAUAGGUCAGAGUGUCUGAAAUUUAGAAUUCCUAUUAUAACUGAUUGUUCUGAGAAUGAGUAUCGACUUGGUCCUGCUGGACGCGUGUUCCAACAUGGUUUGCCUGAAAUGAGUCCAGAUGUUUCUCGUCAUUCUGCCAAUGAUUAUCCUCAGCAUGACUUGGCUGCAGCUGCUGGUUUAGGGAACUACUUGGCUGUACCGAUUUUUGAGCCUCUUAGUAAUCAGUGCAUUGGAGUACUUGAGAUCAUAGGGGAUAAGAAGGGAAGCUUCUCUCAAGAUUUUGUUCAAAUGGUCUAUGAGAUGCUCAAUAAGGUGGACUUGAGAUCAUCAAACAUAUAUGGCCACCCCGACAAGAAGCAGGGCCUUAGAGGGCUAGAACGCGCCCUAAAAGAGAUCGAGGAGCAGUUGAGUUUUAUAUGCAGAACACAUCAAUUACCUCUAGCUCAGACAUGGCUACCUAUCCUUGACGGAAGCAAUGUUGAAAGAUUCACGACCACAGAGGAACAGUUCUGCAUAUGCACGUCAGCUGGCUACGAGUUCAGAGCUGCUUGUGAUAUGUUUCACUUAGGGAAGAGUCAGGGGGUUGUUAGUAAGGCCUUUUUAACCCGUAGUUCAUGCUUCUGCAGUGACAUCACACAGUUAAGCAUGACUGAGUACCCCUUGGCACAUGUGGCACACAGAGUUGGAUUACAUAGCUCGUUUGCUAUAUGUUUGCAAAGUUCCUACACAGGGGACUAUGUAUACCUAUUGGAGUUCUUUUUACCCCAAGAUAACAAGUCAGAUUGCAGGAGUCCACAAACCAUAUUGAAUAUGCUAUUGGCCUCGAUGAAGCGACAAUUUCGAAGUUUCAAGCUUGCUUCUGGACAAAAACUGGGAGAGAAAUUAUCUGUUGAAAUUAUACCUGUUCCUUCAGAUGAUGGACUCAACUCUUUUGAGAUAUGCCAUAGUGUGAAACCUUUAUCUGAUAUUGAAGCAGUAGCACAUCCGGGAAAAAUAGAGUGGUUUGACCCAUUAAACAGAUUACUGAAAUGUGGAAAUACAGUAAAUAUCUGUCCUAAAAAUAUUGAUCUAACAACAUCAUCAAGAACUGCUAACACUACAACAAAACUAACAAAUGUGAGGGUGCUAACUAAUAGAGCUGUUUCCAAUAGCUCUGAGGAAGAAAGCAUGAUGAAAAUAUCCGAAGGACACCACAGAAUUAACAGUGUAGUGCUUCAACAAUUAGUUGGCGCAAAAGUUGGCACUGAAACCACUCUUGCCAGCCAAUCUGCUCCAAAUAGUCUUGGCACAAAGCAUCUUGAAAUUAACGGCAUGAAUUGCUCCAGUGAUCAUCUUGAAUCUGCCAAGGUUGCUGAUAGACAUUGUGAAGAAUCCAGUGGAGGUGACCAGUCAUGUCGCGACACCACAACUUCCUUGACUCAUGCUGCAAAGCCUACCACACAAGCUGCAGGAGUGCAGAACGAAAGCAUCAUUCCAAGAAAAUGUCCAAAUUUUCUACUCUCUGGGGUUCGUGCUGAUGAUCUAGAAAGGUUAGCCAAGGUGUCUAAGCUUUAUGAUCGUGAGGAGCUCCAGGUUUGAGCUCUUUCCAAACAAUUACUGAUUUUCUAACAGUAUCAUUAAGUCAAAAUUGUUGAUUGAUGCACAUGAUUUACGUUGAUUUGAUUUGAUUACUCUAAGUCAGCCAUUUGUUAGUGGACAGGUUGUGUUCGUACUAUUUUUCCGUUCCGGUUUCCUAGUACCUGCCACUGUACUGAUUAUUGAUAUUGCUUUUUCCAUUUAUUUUUUCUGAUUCUUAGCUCGCUGGUACUAUCUUUUUGGUAUAUGUUGUUUUUACUGUUAUAUCGUCUCAUUUCAUCUUCUUCUGCCUAGGAUCUAUCGAAAAGAACCUCUCUACCCCCAGGGUAGGGGUAAGGGUUGCGUACACUCUACCCUCCCUAGACCCCACUUGUAGGAUUAUACUGGGUUGUUGUUGUUGUUGUUGUUGUUGUUGUACUCUAAGUCAGACAUAGAUUUGGAGAUAUUGAUAUCCUAGGUGAAAAGUUCAAAUAUGGUGAACUUUGGCAACCAUUGGUUUAUAGAUUUGAGAGAUGAUUGGAGGGAUGGAUGACGAUACUUGUCAAAAAGGGGAAGAAUCAUGCUAUAAGUUCUUACAUUACCUUAUCAAAAAAAAAAUCAUGCUAUAAAAUUGCAAUUCCAUUUUCGGUGGGUAAGUUUGAAAGCUAAUGAGAGACUUCUGACAAGAGUGGGUUGCUCAAGUGGUGAGCACCCUCCACUUCCAACCAAUAGGUUGUGAGUUCGAGUCACCCCAAGAGCAAGGUGGGGAGCAGUGUUUUUAAGAGCGAGAAGCGCA